AUGUCGGCGUCAAAUUUCCUGCUACUAUAUCUCAUGCUAAUGUUUCGGGUUCACCAUAUUUCAAAAGAGCAAGUUGUGUGGAAGAAGAAAUGGCUCUAUAUGCUCUUCACAGUGGGGUACUGGCCAACAACGUCAAGAUCGCCACAGAAACUUCUGAAGAAAAAUAAAAAAUUCCACAAAGAAAAGAGAUGCUUAUUGGAAUGUAAUGGUGCUUACAUUAAUACUGAACAUAAAAGUGCCGACGUUAAUGACGGUCCUCUCUCUGCUGUUGCUGCAGCUGACAAACAGCCAGAUGUAUGCCAGGAAUCAUCUAAUUCCUUAGCACUACAUGAUCAUUAUCUGCAACAACAACAGCAGCAGCUACAACCUUCAAUGAAUUAUGACGAGUCAGCGAACACAACAUACUGCAACCAACUCACACAAUCGGACACAUCCAGUGAUUAUGCUUUGCCCCCAGAUGAUGAUGAUGAUGUUGUUGAUGGUGUUGACGGUCUUGGUGACUAUCAUAAUCGUGAUGAUAAUGAUGACGAAACUGGCAUGAGAGAUGGUAGUAGUGGUUGUGGAAAAGACGGAAGCAAGCGAAACUGUAAAAGAUCUUCUUGCAACAAAAUCAUCAGCGGUUCAAUGGGUAUUGGUUAUAAUGAUGAUGACGUUAAUGAUGAUGAGGAGAAGGAAAUGAACACUUAUGAUGAUGGCGUGGAUAGUCACAUGGAAUCACCUAAAAAGUUUUCUGUGAGAAACAAUCAUGGUGAUAAUAAGAAUGAUGACAUUUAUAACAACAACUACGAUAGUGAUGAUAACGACGACGAUUCUAGUCUGCAACCGACAAAAUGUGGAUACAUGUUCCUAAUCGCGUCACAUUAUCCCACCACUGAUAAUAAUAAUAAUAAUGACGGCAAUGAUGGUAAUGAUGAAGUUAGCAGAAUUCUAUGGAGAAGAUGCUGGUGUGUUUGUGGUGGUGUUCAACAGGUGGCUGCUGAUGCUGCUGCUUCUACUUUUGCUGCAGCUAAUAACGAUGAUGAUGUCGCUUCUUUCUUUUAUAUUUUUAAAUCUAAGCAUGCAGCAACCCCCUUGAAGAGAGUGAACAUGAGAAGCUGUCUUUGUGUAACCAGAGAAGAAAAUGUUGUCAUUGUCAGUCUAGCACGAAACAACCAGGAUGAACCUUCAACUGGCGAUCAUCAUAUAUUGAAGUUGGCAUGUACCAGCAAUCAACUUGCUACGGAAUGGUGCCUAGCACUGAACAAAAAGCGUUGUGAAUUUGAACUGACGGAAAAACAUCUGGAUCAAGUUGCCAGCUGGGUCACCUUGACGACGAUAGAUGGCACCUCAACCUGCUGGUCUGUGUUGAAAGACAAUUCAAUGGUUCUCUUUGAACAGCCUCUAUCAGAAGCACCAUUGGGCAAGAUCCAAUUGUCCCAUUAUCACGUUGAAGAGAGCAGCAUGGCCAUUUAUUCUCAUCAUCCUCUUCAUCACCAUCGCAAAUCUAAUGAGUUCUCAUCCGGUAGG